AAAGACGUUGUUAUAUACACAAGCGGAAAAGGUAGAUUAUGGAUUGUGAGAUUGUCGGGCUGCGGUUCUGGAGGGAAUUGAUAAGGAACACUGGACGGAAAUCUUUGUCCAACUUCCUCUUCGCGACCUCAAGGCCUGAUUGUUGAACUGUUGUUAUCGAUAAAAAGGAAGACCAUGCAGCUGUAGGUAGGCACCCAAUAGCACAGCAAUUAUGAUAAUAAUAAUCAGUUUGUGAUAAAUGAUAUAUUAUAGAAGCCCGAGACGCGAAUACGAAGAGAGUCUAGAGCGCAGGUCCUUUCGAAUGGAGUUUACUACGAGACGAAUUCAGUCACGCGAUCUCGCUUGGCAAGCUACCCUGCACCAUUGGAAGGCCCUGCUCGGUCGCAGCAAGUCGUCAGUCCGUGGUUAAACACGAUGAAGAACAGCACGAGAUUCGCCUUCACUUUGUCCCUGUUGGCCUUGUUCUGUAAUGGGAUUCCCGUCGUCGAUUCCCAGAAAACUCAUGCUCGCCAAGGCGUCGGCAGGGAACCACCAACGAUCUCGAUACCCCUUCAGGGUAGUCUGGUUGGAAAGGAGAUGACAUGGAUGCGGACACAGAAGGUUUUCGCCUACCUUGGAAUACCCUAUGCACAGCCUCCGAUUCGCGAGCUCCGAUUUGUUGCGCCUAAUACAGACCCGCUACCCUCGUGGUCCGGGGUCAAAGACGCCACCAGCUACGCUCCAUCCUGUCAGCAAGUAGAGGGUGGACGAAAGCUCCAUGAACGGACUUACCUCCGUCUUUUGGCCAUCAGUGAUGCCAAGGAUCCAGGAGUCAGCGAGGAUUGUCUUUACCUGAAUGUCUUCGUGCCUGAUGGCAAUCCUCCGAGCGAAGGCUGGCCGGUGAUGGUCUGGUUUCACGGAGGAGAUUUCAACACCGGGACUCCAGCGAUUUGGGACGCGACAGUCUUCUCGAUCAAACAGAAGAUGCUGAUCGUGACGGUUGCGUACCGGCUGAACAUCCUUGGAUUCUUCACGACGACGGACGCAGAGGCACCUGGCAACUACGGAAUGCUGGACCAGAUAGCAGCGUUGGACUGGGUGCAGAAAAACAUUCAAUACUUUUCCGGCCAAGCGGACAACGUGGUAAUAUACGGUCAUAGUUCGGGAGCGAUAAGCGUGGGUCUUCACAUGCUGAGUCCAUUGAGUCGGGGGAAAUUUUCCAAGGCAAUAGCGAUGAGCGGAGACGCUAUCGGGUCGGUUGGAUCGCCGAAGACAGAAGCUCCGGUGGUAGACCAGAUAGCGGAAAAGUUCGCGUGCAAUCGUCACCCGUCAACGGAUCUCAUCAAGUGUCUCCGUCGCGUCGAAGCCAACAUCCUAGUGCAGGAAUCCUCGUUCAUAGAAACGUGGGGCCCAAUUGUCGACUACGAGACGAACAACAAGACAGAGCCGUUCCUGCCGGAGGAUCCGCUGGUCACACUGGAAAUGGGCAACUUCAACGCGGUUCCUUUGCUGGUCGGCUAUUCGAACAACGAGCAGGCCUUGGCCUAUAUCGAGUCUAUUGGUAACGGACAGGACGAAAACGCAGACGGGGCGUUGAGUUCGGAGAAGUUCGAGGCGCUGAUAGACAGCGAGAUCACCGCCGCGGCGAAGAAGUUCGAGGACAAUACCACCUGCGAGGUGGACUCGGAUAUGCUGGUGAAAUCGGUGCUCUUUUACUACAAACCCUACCCCCCGACCAAGGACGAAAUGGUGCUGAGGGACCGGUACCUCGACCUUCAGACCGAGAAGAACUACGCCGCUGGUCUCACUCUUCUUGCAGGAAAAGUCUCGCGGCAGAAGCCGGCCUUUGUUUAUCGGUUCGACUACCGCCCGCGGACGGCUAUGUCCACGGAGGGUGUUCCCGACUGGGCUGGUGUCCCGCACAUGUUCGAACUCCAGUUCGUCUGGGGCCUUCCUCACGCAGCAAGCACCGUGCAGUGGAACCCGGCCGACAAGAAGAUGUCCGACGUGAUGAUGAUGCUCUUUUCGAAUUUCGUAAAGACCGCGAACCCCUCGCAGACGAGCAUCGGGGUCAGGUGGGAGCCCUACACCGAGGAUAAUCCCGGCAUUUUACUGAUCGACAGGACCAUCAAUAUGAGCGAUCACAACGCCGUCGACUACAAGGCGCUCGCAUUUUGGAACGAGUAUUAUCCCAUUGUUCUCGAGGAGGCGAGGUCCUGUGACUGUAACAACACAUCAGCCGCCCAGUCUCUCACAUCCGUUUCGUCCAAUUUCCGCUUUGUUUUUUUCACCGCGGUGUUGCAGAGUAUCGUUGCGGAGCCGGUGUUCGUUAGGAGGUUCGGAUUGUUCUGAUGAGUAGAAUAGUCGAGAAGAAAUAUUGUAUUGUCUCUGCAAUAUUGCCAAGUCUGUUGUAGCAGCUAUUGUACUACUAAGCUGAAAAUGGUCAAUGGUUGGAUGAUAUUAAUAGACGCGAUUUUAUCACUCAAAUUAUCAUUCAAAUCAAAUUUCACUAUCGUCGUUCUGUUUUUUCAUACGUGUAUAAUUGGCAAUAUUGCGAAGUUCAAAGAAGUUGCAUAAUAUGUGAAAAGUUGCGAUAGAAUCUUCGGGAAUGCUUGUUGGCUUUUUUUUUUGCAACGUAUUGUUGCCACUUUGGUAAUAAGCCAGAAUGCAGAGUUGCAAGAAUUAAUUAAUAAUACACUCUUCUAGUCAUGUCAAUGA